CUUGCCAUCAAAUCAAACUUCCUGCCCUAGGUACACAAUACACACCUAGUCAAGACAGAAUUUUGCUACAGAUUUCCUGAGAAAAUGGCACAAAAGCGAAUUAAAAAGGAGCUGCAGGAUCUCGGGAAAGACCCACCCACGAACUGCUCGGCUGGUCCUGUGGGUGAUGACUUAUUUCAGUGGCAGGCAACCAUACUCGGUCCUAAUGACAGUCCAUAUGCACAAGGAGUUUUCUUCUUAACAAUCAACUUCCCGACAGACUAUCCCUUCAAACCACCAAAGGUUGCCUUCACGACAAGAAUCUACCACCCGAACAUCAACAGCAACGGCAGCAUCUGCUUGGAUAUACUCAGAGGACAGUGGUCGCCAGCCCUGACCAUCUCCAAAGUGCUCCUCUCCAUUUGCUCGCUGUUAACUGACCCAAACCCUGACGAUCCACUGGUGCCGGAGAUUGCCCGCAUUUACAAGGCCGACCGGGAAAAGUACAUCAAACUGGCAAAAGACUGGACCAACAAAUAUGCGCAGUGACUGCAGUUGAGACUUAAAAUCUUAUCCGGUUUAGAGUGGUCUUGGAAUAUUUUUGUUCACAGCCCUUCUUGGUUCACAUUAACAAAACAUUUGUAAAAGUCAGGCUCUCGCUUGUAAUGGGGAGAGAGAGAGCGAGUGCAGGUUCAUCUUGUCGCCCUGAUCUAGUUCAUUCAUCCUGGGUAGGAGGAAGAGCUGCUGAUCAGGUCAGUAGCGUACCGUUUCCUUCCUGCGUUUACGAAAUUCACACAUAGAGGUCAUUCAUCUUACGUAUUUUUGUUGUACUGGUGUUCCAAAAUUUAGAGUAGUUAUGUAAUGCGAUAAUGGAUGGUGAUGAUAAUGAUGACGACGAUCUCUUAUAUUUAGGCAUGGAAUGGGAGGUAAUUUUUUUUCUUGUUGCGGGUGUAACUUUAUGAAUUUUUUUGUCUGAUGUCGCGAGUACCUCAGAAAUGUCCUCCUACAGUACAGCCUGCAGGUUUGCGAUUUUCAUGGAAUCAUUUGGAAGAUAAAGCAACAUUGAAUAAUCAUUGUGUUAUAAUAGAAUUUUACACCGGGAUUUAUUAAUUGGAAAAAAAAAAGAAGAAAUUUUCUCAGUCUUUGACCUUUUUAAGUGUCAUCUUUAAAAAUUCCGAUUAUCUGAGAAUUCGAUUUUUAUUUUAGCCUCGUCUUUGAUUUGAAAGUAGAUGGUUAGAGAGGCAUUGUUUUUAUAGUGAUCCAUUGUAGAUGCAGAAAUAUUUGAUUAUUUGAUUUGUUACUUUAAUUAACCUCGUCUUUGAAAAGUCUAAGAGAGGCAAGAAUUGUUCUAAUCGUGGCCCUUAGUUGUCGGUGAUCCGUGUUUGUGUAAGUGGCCCUGUCAAACGGUUUAUCACUACCGCUCUGGUCGUUGAAAGCAAUAUAAGCGAAGAAUUAUUUUGUUUAUUAUUUUGUAUUUCCUGUAAUUGAAGAGUUAAAAAUGUUCAAAUAGUUUGGGACAUGUUUGGAUUUAUUUGGUCCCUUUUUAUCGUUUUUAAUUGUUGUUGAUGUAGAACUCCAGCUUUGAGUGCUUUGGAAAAGUUGAUCGGACAUCUGGACAGCUUGUGUAAAUGUUCUUUGUUUACUCUGCGCGUGUUGUUCGUUUGAUGCAUGGAAUAUCAGAUUCCACGUUCCACCUCGUCCCCCCCUACUGCCGAACUGCCAACCACCCACUCCAUGAACGAAAAUAGAUUUCCUCAAAAUUCUCUCAAAAUCUAAGAGUUUGCAUGGGGGUGGGAAAGUCACUAGAACUCUGUUGUAAAUUAAGAUUGAAUUAAGACAAACCGACAGUGGGAAAUAAAAGUGUGAAAUUGAUAAUUACACACAACUAAACGCAAGUAAAAAUGUGUAUUAUCGUGUCAUAUAUGAUAAGUCACACAAAUAGUUCAAAUAAAAAUAUAAUACAUUCUCACAUCAUUUAUGAUAAGUCGCACACAACCUGACGACAAAUGAAUUCGAGAAAAAACAUCAGAAUUUAUGCAGAUUGGAUCAGAAUUCUCUGACAGUCCCAAGAAAAUAUGGGAGAACUCCGGUUUUAUGAGAGUACUUGGCAGGUCCGCCACUGUUGUCAUCCACCCCCCCUGCCCCUCCCGAGCAUGUGGCUGUGUGUCAGUUUACACGUUGAACCGUCUGAAUUUCAUUGACUCGCUCGAAGCUUCAGUGUUCACAUUUAAUUUGAGUAAAAACGCCACUACAUCCUUCCCCAGUUGUCUGUGGUUGACAAAUAUUGUAUGCAGAUUUUUUUGGUAGGGACCACCUUUUGGAAGGAGAGGAUGAGGGCGGUUUGGGAGUGUUACGUACAUUACAUGGUGAGGCUGGUUUUUUCUCUCCUUCUAUUUUUUUUUUUUUUUUUUUUUUUUUUGGGCGUAACUUUCUUCAGCCAAUGUCCAGGAAUAUCCCCCCCCCCCCCCCCCAGGAUAAAAUUUUAUUUACAUUAACUCCGCAGGCCCAAGCACUAGCAUCAAAGCACUAUAAGCUACCUUUGCCCUUCCGCGCAGUGUGCUUUCCUCAUCGUAAAGUGGUGCAAGUCGUGGUUGAGUUUUUUUUGGUUUUUUCUUUCUCCCCGUCAGAAGCUUGGGUUAUAGGAUUGCAUAGGCUCAGGUGGCUGGGGUGGAAAGGGAUCAAAGAUACUACAACAAAGAAUAACCGUGUUGACCUCUUCUUGCUCGUUUGGUGUAGUUUUGACGGGAGUGUCACGCAGGGAUAAGUUUCAAUUUAAAACGAAUUGUGUCACGACGCGGUGGAAUCAGGCGCUCGUCAAUUUUUGGGGCAUGUAGAGUUAUUGGUAUCUUCUUAAAGCUUGGUCAUUUGUCUUGUUUUGAAUGAAAAAAAUUCCACUUAUCUUGAAUACUACAAGUUGAGAUAUUUGCGAAUGAAAGAUUUGGAGGAGGGUGUCACCUGUAACAUUAGGGAGACAAUUGCUGCCAAAGAUAGAUUAUUUCCUUAGCUGGAGAGUCGAUGGAGACUGAGAAUAUACAUUUUUUUGUGCCUUUAAUCGUUUUUCAGUAAAAAUCCACACAGAAAUAUGUUCUUUAACGGGCAUAAAAGGCGUUGAGUGAAAAAAAAAAUUCAAUAAAAAUUCAGAAACCCGCUGAAAAAUGCCAGUUUUUCUUCACUUGGAUUAUUUUGACGAGCGCCUGACUUCACCAGUCUGCCUCACAAUUGACAAAACUCAUGACCUCACUUUCUUCUCAUCGUGUACCCCCUCUUUUUUUUUUUUUGGUGUGCUUUUCAAGUGAAUGGAGCUGAUAAUUUUAUCAUUCUUCUUGUUUGUUUGAAUAUUUCACAGCAGUUGGGGAAAAGUCCUCACGCAAUGUGCACAGCUAGCUGUUUCAGUUUGUGUGUUUGUUUGUUUUUUGUUACUGUCACCCGGUUUACAGCAUCGUGUCCAAACUAUGUUUUGUUUGUGUUUUGUGAAAAGUUUUUGCUAGUCUACCAUCAGCCGAGAAAUGUUGAAAAAAAAAUCUCAUGCAGUUGCCAGCGCCGUGAAACUGUUUUACUAAUAUAAUACGAAACUAAACAUGUGAAAAAUUUGGCGCUGAAAGUCCUCUGAAUUUUUUUCUUUGACAUAUAUAUAGGCUAUACAUAUUUUUAUGAAGUUGGCUACCGUACGAGUUGGGUUAAAUAUAUGAAUACUUUAUUUUAAAAUUUUGGGGAGAAAAUCCCUCUUUUUGCAAUGUAAGUCAUGGAAAAAGUGAAAAGUAAUCUCAAGAACUUUGGCACACUGUCCUGGAAUGAGAGUUUUGCUUUCCUAGGACGUCUCUCUCUCUCCCUUUCUCUCUCUGAACGCCGUAAAGACGGAAGAAACAGCAAUGUGUAUAAAUGCGACAAACUAUUUUUGCAAUGUCUUUUAUGUUAUCUAUUAUUAUUAUUAUUAUUACGUUACUAUUGGAUUGCUUGGCCAAAGCUUCGUUAUUUACGCGGUAUAUUUUAUCACCUGCACUUAGUGAACACUUUUCAGUAACAUUUGUAGAAAUAUUUCUUGUUGAUGUACACUUUUGGUUCGAGUUUGCAAAUUUAAAACAAAAUUAUUUUUUUCCCCAUUUUUUUUGUUUUGUCUGCUGGUUAGUUGUAUUGUCUUGUCCUUGACAAUGAGCAGUGUAUUAUUAUGUUUUGCAACUAAUUUAUGCUAUUUUUGGAUGCCCCCCCCCCCCUAAUGCAGUUGGUGUUUUGGUGCUUUAGACAAGAAGAAUGUUUGUAUCAGGAACACGUGCAACAAAAUUGCUUUAAGUACCGUGCCGUACCGGUCUUUGCAGAACAGGAAGAAACGAGAUGCAAAAUAUGUACAUAAUGAAUGUGAACAUGACUGUAAAAGUUGAAAUAAAAGAAUGAAUGAAAUUAA